AUGGCAUCCUCGUCCAAUUCUUCGUGCGACACAUGCAAGUUUCUUCCACGGAAGUGCAUACAAGAAUACAUGUUUGUGGACCAGCUGACAAAGUUUGCGAAUGUUCACAAGGUUUUCACUGCAAGCAACGUUGCUAAGAUCCUCAAUGAGCUGAACCUGACGCAAAGAGAAGAUGUAGUGAACUCACCAGCCUACAAGGCAAAUGCGAGGCUUCACGACCUCGUUUAUGGCUGUGUUGGUUUAAUAUCAAUCCCACAACAAAGGCUGAGACAGAUCCUUGUUUAUGCAAUUGAAGGCUUCGUUCUUGGUGUAGGGAUCCACAGCCACACAAAUGUGCUGCUCGGCGAUGAGAUUAGCAUCGAAAGCAUCCAUGAAACUAUUCCAACCGGCUCGAGUUCCUAA